ACCAGAAGUGGCAGCAAAGGCGUCCGGGUCGACGUUUGCUUCCCGGAAACGAGGUCCGACGGCCGCCGUUGCCAUGUGCGAGGCGGAGGAGGCCGCGGCCGCGGUCACCAUCGGCGCCACCGUGCCCACGGGCUUCGAGCUGACGGCGGCCGCCGAGGUGGAGGAGAAGCUGGGCUCGCGCUGCAGCGUGCGCCGUGACCGCGGCAAGAUCUACUUCGCCGUCGCCGCCGAGGCCCUGGCGCAGGUUCAUCAGUUAAGAUCGGUGGAUAACUUAUUUGUUGUUGUGAAAGAGUUUACAGAUUACCAGUUUAAAGAAACCAAGGAAGAGUCUCUAAAGGAUUUGGAAGACCUGGUUAAACAACUGCCUUGGACAGACCCUUUGAAAGUAUGGAAGCUAAACACCAACCUAAAGAAGAAAAAGACAAAACGUAAAAAACAGAACCCACAGGGUAGCGCAAGCAAAGAAAACUUGAGUGAUGGAGAAGGGGAGGAGAAAACAGAUACAAAAGUUGCUGAUAAGGAGUCAGAUGAUCAGGCACAAAAUGCUUUAGGUUUGGAAUCUGCUGGCGGACAGGAGACCCAGGCCAUUAUCUCGGUAGAUAACGGCAAACAAUCUGAUGCUAAAGAUGAAUUCCUCGCUACUGCUGGAAGUGAAAAUGGAGCUGGUAACUGCAAGGAAUCUGAAAAUGAAGCCCCAGUGCUGAAGUUCCGUGUUACAUGCAAUAGAGCUGGUGACAAACAUAAUUUUACAUCAAAUGAUGCAGCAAGAGACUUUGGCGGAGCAGUGCAAGAACAUUUCCAGUGGAAGGCUGACAUGACCAACUUUGAUGUGGAGGUCCUCUUAAACAUUCAUAAUAAUGAAGUGGUUGUGGGCAUUGCAUUAACUGAAGAGAGUCUUCACAGAAGAAAUAUUACACAUUUUGGACCCACAACUCUUCGAUCUACUCUUGCCUAUGGGAUGCUCAGACUCUGUGAUGCUCAGCCAAGUGACAUAAUAGUUGAUCCAAUGUGUGGAACAGGUGCGAUACCAAUAGAGGGAGCUACUGAGUGGCCGAACUGUUUCCAUAUUGCUGGUGAUAACAACCCACAGGCUAUGAAGAGAAUAGCAAGUAACAUCUGCUCUCUACUAAAGAAAAAUCAGAAUCAAGAAAGUAGUACUUCCUGGGGUGUAUCCCUUGAUACCGUCCAGUGGGAUAUUUGCAGUCUCCCUUUGAGGACUGGAUCUGUGGAUGUUAUUGUGACAGACAUGCCAUUUGGAAAGAGGAUAGGAUCUAAGAAGAAAAACUGGGAUCUCUAUCCAGCCUGCCUUAAGGAAAUGAGUCGGAUCUGCAGACCUGGGACAGGCAGAGCCGUACUACUUACUCAGGACAAGAAGUGCUUUGCUAAGGCCUUGUCAGGAAUGGGACGCUUAUGGCGAAAGAGUCAGACAGUCUGGGUGAACGUAGGGGGACUUCAUGCUGCAGUGUAUCUUCUGAAACGUACCUUAGAAGAAGUGGGAGAGAACAGAUCACACUGGUAAACACAAGUGGUGGAGAACAUGAUAAACGUGAUCCUCUUUCCUACAUUUCUUGGAAAGCUAUUUAGGUAAAGCAAGUGCCAGGUCUACCAAUUUUUAAGAUCAUUGAAGAGAGCACUGAAAAAAAAAUGCAUAUAUAGAUUCCGUUUAAUGAAUACUGAUCCAGGGAUCAACUUGGAAAGUGGCAGUUCCACGCUGUGCUCUGGAACCUUCUCGAUUUGAAGCCAAAUAAGGAA